GUCGUCCAGAUUUUUGUCACGCUGGUCAUGGGAGGAGCAGAGUGCCUCAUCCUGGCGACCAUGUCAUAUGACAGGUACGUGGCUAUCUGCCGGCCGCUGCAAUAUCCGGUCCUCAUGAGGAGCAAAAUCUGCAACAUCUUGUCAGUCGCUUCCUGGAUCUGGUCUUCUGUGCAGGCUCUGAACUGUUCCCUCUACGUGCUUCCUCUUCCCUACUGCAAGUCCAACGUGAUUAGACACAUCGGUUGUGAUUAUACAGCGCUUUUAAAGCUUUCUUGCUCCGACAAUUCUGCAUUUGAAAAAUCAAUAUACCUCGGAACAUUCCUAGUAUUCCUCAUCCCUGUCUCUGUCAUCCUGGCUUCCUACACAGCCAUCCUCCUUCAGGUUCUGAGGUCCCGCUCCUCCGGAGGUAGCCACAAGGCCCUGGGGACCUGCUUGUCCCAUUUGUGUGUGGUGGGGGUCUUCUAUGGUGCGGCCAUUUUAACAUACAUGACACCCGUAUCUUCCUACUCAGCAGAAAAGGCUAUGAUCAACUCAGUGUUCAUUACAAUUGUCCCAGCCAUGCUGAACCCGUUCAUAUAUAGCCUGAGGAACCGGGACGUUCUAGCAGCUCUGAGGAGACUUUUGGAAAAAUGCAUAUUGUGUAAAUAA